GCGGACAGGCGUCCUUUCGCCCCGCCACUUCGCCUCUCCGCGGCCUCCCGUCCCCGCCCGUAGCCCGGAAGCGGAAGUGGCCUCCCUAAGAACGGAGGGUUCGCUUCCGGGCGCUGCUGGCGGUGGGGCUGCUGGGGGUCAGGGAAACGGCGCCGGCGCCGGGGGGAAGGUGGCACUCGGGCCCGGCCGAGCUCCCUCCGGCGGACCCGCCAUGUGAGGAGAACACCCGACGCCCCCUCAGGUCACCCUUGGCACCAGAAGACAUGGACAGCAGCAGCUUCAUCCAGUUUGACGUUCCCGAGUACAGCAGCACCGUCCUGAGCCAGCUGAACGAGCUCCGACUUCAGGGCAAGCUCUGCGAUAUCAUUGUCCAUAUUCAGGGCCAGCCGUUCCGAGCUCACAAAGCGGUGCUUGCCGCCAGCUCUCCGUAUUUCCGCGACCAUUCGGCGUUAAGCACCAUGAGCGGCCUGUCGAUAUCGGUUAUCAAAAACCCCAGCGUCUUUGAGCAGCUGCUUUCUUUUUGUUACACUGGAAGGAUGUCCCUGCAACUGAAGGAUGUUGUCAGUUUCCUAACCGCAGCUAGCUUCCUACAGAUGCAGUGCGUCAUCGAUAAAUGCACACAGAUCCUCGAAAGCAUCCACUCAAAGAUCAGCGUCGGCGAAGUCGACUCCGUCACUGUCGGGGCCGAAGACGAGGCCGAAAACCACAACGGGGUUAAAGACAGCAGCUACUUUGCCAAUCCGGUGGAAAUCUCCCCUCCGUAUUGCUCUCAAGUGCGGCAGUCGGCGUCGGGCGGCGAUCUCAGAAUGGAAACGGCGCCCAUCAAGGCUCUACAUAACCGCUUGCAAGAAGAAGGGCACUCCGACCGCGGAAGUAGUGGCAGCGUUUCAGAAUACGAGGUUCAGAUUGAAGGCGACCCAGACCAAGGGGAUUUGAUCGUGCAAGAGAGCCAGGCUGCUGAGGUGAAAGUUAAAAUGGAAAAAUCGGACCGGCCGAGUUGUUCGGAUAGCUCAUCGCUGGGCGACGACGGAUACCACACGGAAAUGGUGGAUGGGGAACAAGUGGUGGCAGUUAACGUGGGCUCCUAUAGUUCCAUAUUGCAGAAUGCUUACUCGUACUCCCAUGGGGCGUCCCAGCCGGCACCAGAAACCUUUGGCAGCCUGAGAAAUUCGAGCUCCUCCAGGUCUUUGCUGGGCUCGUUCCGAGGCCGCGGGCAUCAAAAACGGGUAUCGACGAGCCGCUUGCAUAGCGAUGUCCCGGGCCUGGCGCCGGGAGCCGACAGUGAAUCGGCAGCGAAUCAUCCGGGAUACGAAAGCAGCCCUAGGGAAAGGAAUUCUAGAGGUCACUGGUAUGCGUACAGUGAGAGGUUGAUCUGCAUAUACUGUGGGAAGUCUUUCAAUCAGAAAGGGAGUCUGGACAGGCACAUGAGAUUGCACAUGGGCAUCACCCCUUUCGUGUGCAAGUACUGCGGGAAGAAGUACACCCGCAAGGACCAACUUGAAUACCACAUCCGCGGCCACACCGACGACAAGCCUUUCCGUUGCGAGGUCUGUGGGAAAUGCUUCCCUUUCCAAGGGACUCUGAACCAGCACCUGCGGAAGAAUCACCCGGGCGUGGCAGAAGUGAGGAGCAGAGUCGAGUCUCCGGAAAGAACAGACGCCUACAUGGAACAGCGAGACGACGACGCGUCGGCCUCGGAAACGCUGGAUUACAGCAUGGACGUGCACACCUCAGAUUAAAAUGCCCCGUCGCUCUGUGCAACUUCAAGCACAUCGGUCAAUGCAUUUCCUUCCCGUUUGAUAAGUUUCACAGCCGAGAUUUACAGUAUUUUCAUUUCCCUGCUACCUUGUGAGUCACGUUCUGGAUAGAAGGCUACUGUUUUGCUCUCCGGUUGCUUUGGAGGAGGUCGGGCUAGCUUCAUUCCUCAACACGUUGAAAGUAUAAAGGGCAGAAUCUUCUAAAUGGCCAUGAAAGAUACUAUAAUCGGGUGGCUAUUCCGGGGUGGUACACCGAGAGAGGGUUUGCCCUCCCCCGACAUGCUUUGUGCCGCCCAGUCCUAUGCAUGUUUACUCAAAAAUUUUUGUGACAUGGAUAUUUCAGUGCUGCUUGCCUUUGUUACAAUGGAUUUCUCGGUUCUUGCUUGUACAUGGCCUUUUUUAUGGUAUAAAUAAAGUCAAUGGGGAUUGCUGUUUAUAAAUUAAAAUGCUUCUGAAGCACAAA